UCAUCUCCCUCCAGAUUAUUGCAAAGCACAUGAGUAAGAACAUAGAGGACAAAGGCGUUGCGGUACAGAGCCUAACACUGAAAAGGAAGAAAGGAAGGGAGUAAUGGCACGUGACCUUGACUCACCCAGCUAGGUCCCCACUGCGUCGGCCACCACGUCCUUGUAUCCUUCUUCAUUCUACCAUCAUGUCCGACUAUAGCCUCUCCGAUGACGACUACUACAACGAUGAAGAUAUGUUUGAUAUAACUCAAGACGAUGACGAUAUGAACAUGGACGACUAUACUGAGGAUUUCAAGGUCGAUACUAACAGCAAACGCAAAUCGUAUGAGAUUGAGUACGAGUCACUCAACCAACCCGCUGUCGAAAAGCUUAUGCAGCAAGAUGUUGCGUAUAUCAUUGGUAUUUUGGGUGUCGACUCUAGCAUUGCCGCUCGGCUGCUGCGCCACUCGUCAUGGAACAAAGAACGACUAAUCGAGAAAUACAUGGACAAUCCUAACACUAUUCUCGUCGCUGCGGGCGUCACCGCACCGGAACCCCCGUCAGUAACUUCGCCUAUACGGACCCAUAUCGGCGACCGUCGUACCACGAGAUCGGCAUCGAAGAUCAUUUCAACCCUGUCGUCAUCGUCGAAGACAUCGUCCAAAGCCUCAUCAUCUUCUUAUCAGCCAGCACAGACCAGGCUAAAGGCUGAACGCUUCGUUUGUCCCAUAUGCUACGAUGAUUCAUCAGAUCUUCAAACCGCGUCGCUCGAUUGCGAUCAUCUCUUCUGCACAGGUUGCUGGACGACCUACAUCACCUCCAAAAUUCGCGACGAGGCCGAGCAUUGUAUUCGAUGCAUGGCGGAAGGGUGUUGCCUUGUAGCCCCAGACACCUUUAUUCAAUCUGCCCUCGCAGGCGAGGGGGAACCCACAUGGGCCCGUUUCCAGGAGUUGCUCGUCCGACACUUUGUUUCGUGCAACCCAAAUUUGAAAUACUGUCCUCAUCCUGGGUGCACUAAUACCGUGUCAUGUCCUGCCGCGGCAUCCAAAUCCAGUCUGACGACGGUUGUACCAGCCGUAUCGUGUGGAGCGCGGGGAAUUCCGGGAUCUCCAGAAGCGUUAACUUCAGCUGUGGCGGCGAAGGAGCACUACUUUUGUUUUGGAUGUCCUAUCGACAGUGAUCAUCGUCCUGUGGUGUGCAGCGUCGCCAAAAUGUGGCUGAAGAAGUGCGCAGAUGAUAGCGAAACAGCCAAUUGGAUCAAGAGUAACACGAAAGAAUGCCCGAAGUGCCAGAGUACGAUAGAGAAGAAUGGGGGUUGCAACCAUAUGACUUGUAAAAAGUGCAAGCACGAGUUUUGCUGGGUUUGCAUGGGUCCAUGGUCGGAACACGGCACCUCGUGGUACUCCUGCAACCGAUACGAGGAGAAGAGUGGGACUGAUGCUCGAGAUGCUCAGAGUAAAAGCCGCGCGUCGCUGGAACGAUAUCUACACUACUACAAUCGUUGGGCUAACCAUGAACAAUCCGCCAAGCUUUCUCUGGAUUUGUAUGCUAAAACCGAGAAAAAGAUGGAGGACAUGCAGAUUACAUCUUCGUUGACCUGGAUCGAAGUUCAGUUCAUGAAGAAGGCGGUGGAAGAGGCCGACAAAUGUCGUAUGACUCUCAAAUGGACUUAUGCCAUGGCGUAUUACCUCGCGAGAGGGAAUGAGAAGGAGCUGUUCGAAGAUAAUCAACGAGAUCUGGAACAGGCUGUGGAAGAACUUGCCGAGCUGCUUGAGCAACCGAUAGAAGCUGAUGCGAUCCCGACGUUAAGGCAGAAGGUGACUGACAAGACGGUCUACGUGCACAAGCGGAACGAGAUCGUCUUGGAGGACACAGCGAACGGAUUCUUGGAAGGUCGCUGGAAAUGGAAUGCACGAGUGGAAGGGUUUGACGAGCCGGACCAGGCUGAUCUGGUUUAACUUGGAUUCUAACCCAUCUAUCUAGAUUCCUGACGCUCGCUGUUCGCCAGAUCUGCCUUGUGCGCUAUCCCAACAUUUUCCCUUUCUAUUCAUCGUUUCGUACAUAUCUAACGGGUGCCUAUUCUCGUCACACAGAGCGUAUAUCAAUAACAAAUGUACGAACAAUAUAUAAUGACCAAUCAAACGCUCUCAAGAAG